ACGUAAGAAAUGGAAAAAGGGCAACUGAGCUGAGCUGUGCACAACUCAAACAAAACGCCAUUAGUCCGUACAAUCCUUCACUCAAUGAGUAUGGAGUCGCUGCGUCUUUGUAUCGUAUCCGUAUCUUCCUAAUUAAACCCUUCUUAUAGCAACUUGCAUCUCUUCUCUUUCUAUAUAAAAAAGAAAAAAUCUUCAAGCUUUAGCGUCCCAUUGAUACCCAAACUCCGGCGUAAAACCUUCCACUCUCGCAACCCCUCCGCCGCCGUGCCAGCUCUCUUAAUCUCCUUCUUCUUCUUCUUCAGGAAAUACCCGUAAGAUUAAAUUCUAAAUAUAUAAAGGAUGUAGGGUGGAGGCAGGGAGAUGAGAUUCAGGCCUGGUUUAGUUGAUUUUGUUGUGAAGGGAGUAGAAAGGUGCUAAAAGAAUGAACAAAAAUUGGUAGGCGUUUUGAUCCACCAAUUAGUUUAACCGAACAUGUCAAGGCAAGCUCAUCUUCCCCCUCGCUGUCCCCUUCAGAAGAAAACCAUUGUUUCCCCGACUUUGCACAAAGACAACCGGUUUAGGCCUCAGCACCAUAAGUCUGCUUCUCAAAGCUUGAUCAUAGAUGAGCAACCGGCAUGGCUUGAGGAACUGCUGUGUGAGUCUGAAUCGAAUGGUUGUGGGGUAUUACACAGACGGUCUGCUAGUGACUCUUUGACACUGUUGCCAAAUCUAAGUAAACUUGACGAGGCAGAAGAAUCUGGAGCUGGUUGUGGUGAAUCUGAUGAUGGGUCGAAAUCUGAUUGUCUUUAUGGUCCUAAUUCCCCUCGAGGGAAAAGCAAAGUGACCUUUCCAGAUAAUGCCAUCGUCUCAGCCCUAUCAGAAUACGUUUCUCAAAAUGCCAUGCAGUGUUCAGAUUGGAGUCUUUCUUUUCCUGAAACUGGACAGCAGGAUCCAGCCGGGGAUUCCAGUGGCGAGAACAAUAUGGAGGCAAAACCGGUUAAGAGGCACCCUGGGCAGAGGUCGAGAGUCCGUAAACUCCAAUACAUUGCUGAACUAGAAAGAACAGUUGACACUUUACAGACCCUAAGGUCAGACUUAGCUGCCAAAGUCGCUUCCCUACUUCAGCAACACAUUGCUUUGUCCUUGGAAAAUAGCGAGCUGAAGCAAAAGCUAAUCCAGUUUCAGCAAGAAAAGCUGCUUGUCGAUGCCCAGUAUUGUUCGCUGAGAAAAGAGCUGGAGAGGCAAGUCACAGCGCCCAAACUUGAGGACAAGUUCAGAGCUAGAGGUGCAGAGACUUCAUGGCAGAUGCUGGACUUUGGGAAACUGGGUCUCAACUAGAUGUUGCCGUGGGGCUGAAACGUCUGAAGUUUCCAUGCGAGGGAGGAAGCUAAUGGAGAAGACGACUAGAACUAGAAUGCCAGGCUCCCAUCACUCCAGACAGAAUCCUGUCAAAUGUAAAUGCUCUCCAUUUUGUGUAGUACUAGGAUAAUCCCAGGUGGAGAGACACAUUUUCCACUUUUAACUAGGAUCAAUGUCAUGGCUGUGAUGGAAUCAGACAUUAUAUUUCAUAUCAAAAACAAUGUUAACAUCCAAUCUGUUGGGUUUUUUUAGGGUA